ACGAAACGGGGUUACAGCUCGGAGAUUUUGAACGGGGUCGGCGGGUUCCUAAAUUAGCCAUGCUUUUUCUCCCUUCUUUCUAUCGUCAUACCAAACAAUUCCAAAGGGCCUAACUUUCGGCCCUUUCCGUAUACAAAAAAGGAAUUUGGUCAUUACUCAUUAACUCUCGAGAAUGAGAAACGCCGCCGAGGAUCACCGUUACCCACUCUGGUUUUUUCUGAUUUCCCAAAUUUUUAUCGGAAAUCUCGCCGUGGCUCUCGCCGUUGACUCCAUCACCCCGACGCAGCCACUCGCCGGCAACCGAACCUUGGUGUCCUCCGAUGGGCUCUUCGAAUUGGGGUUCUUCACUCCUAACGGCUCCGAUCAAAGUUACGUGGGGAUAUGGUACAAGGAAAUUGAACCCAAGACGGUAGUUUGGGUGGGUAACAGAGACGCGCCUCUCGGCGGUUCCGCCGGAAUCUUGAAAAUCGGGGAAGAUGGCAACGUCCAUCUGGUCGACGGGGGCGGGAAUUUUAUAUGGUCGCCGACGAAUCAAUCGGCGGCGAGGAACACCGUCGCGCAACUCCUGGAUUCCGGGAACUUCGUUCUCCGGCGAGAAGACGAUGAGAAUCCGGAGAAUUAUCUGUGGCAGAGCUUUGACUACCCGACGGACACAUUGCUGCCGGGUAUGAAACUCGGGUGGGAUUCGAAAACCGGGUUGAACCGCUACAUCUCGGCGUGGAAAAGCUUAAAUGAUCCAGGCGAGGGGCCCAUCAGCUUCAAACUAGACAUCAAUGGCCUUCCGGAGAUUUUCUUGAGAAGCAGAGACAAAAUCGUUUACCGGAGCGGGCCGUGGAACGGCGUGAGAUUUAGCGGCGUCCCGGAAAUGAAACCCACGGCCACUAUCACAUUCUCGUUCGUGAUGACGAAGAACGAGAGGUACUACUCGUUUGAGCUUCACAACAAAACGUUAUACUCUCGAUUACUCGUGACCCGUAACGGGAACCUCGAAAGGUACGCGUGGAUUCCGACAAGUAAAAUUUGGAGUAAAUUCUGGUACGCUCCGAAAGAUCAGUGCGACAGCUACAAGGAAUGCGGAACUUUCGGCUUCUGCGACACCAACAUGUCGCCGGUGUGUCAGUGUUUGGUCGGGUUCAGACCCAAAAGCCCACAGGCCUGGGAUUUACGCGACGGGUCGGAUGGAUGUGUUAGGUACCACGAAUUGGAGUGCCGGAAAGACGGGUUUUUAACGAUGAAUUUCAUGAAGUUGCCCGACACUUCCAGCUCUUUCGUGGACACGACGAUGAAUCUUGACGAGUGUAUGAGGAUGUGCAAGAACAAUUGCUCCUGCACCGCUUAUACAAACUCCAACAUCUCCAAUGGCGGCUCCGGCUGCGUCAUUUGGACGACGGAGCUUCUUGAUAUGCGGCAGUACGCGGCGGUCGAAGGUGGCCAAGCUGUCUACAUCCGCGUAGCUGCCUCCGAUGUAGCACAAGGUGGAGAUUCUGGGGAUGCUUCUGGGAGGACUAAGCGAAUACUCAUAGCUUGUGGCAUUGCAGUUGGUGUUGGUAUUCUUCUAUUUGCAUUAAGUGCAUUAUUCAUAUUGAAAAGAAGGCAAUCCAAAAGAGCUUUAGGGAAAAAUACAGAGCUUAGAGGCUUUCGCGAUAGAAGUCAAGAUCUUCUAAUGAAUGCGGCUGUGAUCCCGAGUAAACGAGAAUAUUCUGGCGAAACCAUGACAGAUGAGUUUGAGUUGCCAUUGUUUGAUUUUAGCACCAUUGUCGUGGCUACUGACAACUUUGCUGAUGUAAAUAAGCUUGGCCAAGGCGGUUUUGGUUGUGUGUACAAGGGAAUGGUUGAAGGUGAAGAAAUUGCGGUGAAGAGACUAUCAAAGAAUUCUGGGCAAGGAGUGGAAGAAUUUAAGAAUGAACUCAGAUUGAUUGCGAGGCUUCAACACAGAAACCUUGUUCGGCUUCUCGGGUGCUGUGUUGAUAUGGAAGAGAAAAUCCUGAUAUAUGAAUACAUGGAAAAUAAGAGCCUGGAUUCAACUUUAUUCAACAAGCAGAGAAGCUCACUACUCAACUGGCAAACACGCUUCAACAUCAUUUGUGGGAUAGCUCGGGGGCUUCUGUAUCUUCACCAAGAUUCGAGGUUUAGAAUAAUCCAUAGAGAUCUCAAAGCCAGCAACAUUCUCCUCGAUAAAGAAAUGAACCCCAAGAUAUCGGAUUUUGGCAUGGCAAGGAUUUUUGGAGGGGACGAGACGGAAGCAAACAAUACAAAGAGAGUCGUGGGAACAUAUGGAUAUAUGUCCCCCGAAUAUGCAAUGGAUGGGCUCUUCUCGGUGAAAUCUGAUGUUUUCAGCUUCGGAGUUCUAGUGUUGGAAAUUGUGACCGGGAAGAAGAACCGAGGAUUCUAUAACCAAAACAACCAGCAGAACCUUCUUGGACAUGCUUGGAGGCUAUGGAGAGAAAGAAGAGGCUCAGAGCUAUUGGAUUCAGCCAUAGGAGAAUCAUACUCCCUAUGUGAAGUAAUGAGAUGCAUUCAAGUUGGUUUGCUGUGUGUCCAAGAACAGGCAGAAGACCGACCAAACAUGGCAACUGUGGUCUUAAUGUUGGGCAGCGAAAGCGCGACGCUUCCCCAGCCUAAACACCCGGGGUUCUGUCUGGGAAGUAGGCCUGCAGAUAUGGAUUCAUCCACCAGUAAUUGCGACGAAUCUUGCACUGUAAAUCAAGUUACAGUCACCAUGCUUGACGGGCGCUACUUGACUUUUUUGAGAUCAUUAGCCAUGGAAACCUUAAUGACCACCAUUUUCUUCUUCUUCUUCUUCCUCCUGGUUUCUCUGUUCUAUCAGUCUGUUUCUGUGGAUACUUUAGCUCCAAAUCAAAGCCUCUUGGACAAUGAAACGCUUGUUUCGCCUGGCCAAUCUUUUGUGCUAGGCUUCUUUAGUCCACUGGGCUCGGAGAAUCGCUAUGUGGGGAUUUGGUUCAAGAAUGUGGCACAACAAACUGUGAUCUGGGUAGCUAACAACAACAACCCGAUAUCGAAUUCAUCUGGGGUGCUCAGGGUCACGGCCAGGGGGGAAAUAACUAUCGGUUUGGUCAAUCAAACAGAAAUCAUUUGGAGCUCGAAUUCGUCUUCUGCAGCUGCAAGCAAUCCAGUCUUGCAGCUGCUGGAGAAUGGUAACUUGGUUGUGAGAGAAGGGGAUAAUGGUGACAAUUAUCUCUGGCAAAGCUUUGAUUAUCCUCGCGAUACGUUGGUUCCAGGCAUGAAGCUUGGGUGGAACCUCAGAACAAGGAAAGAAUGGUUCAUUACAUCCUGGAAAAGCCUGCAGGAUCCCUCAACUGGGGAUUCCAGUUACACUUAUAGGCUCGACAUUCGUGGGCUUCCAACUUUGAUUCUUCGUCAAGGAUCCAACAUUCAGUACAGAAGUGGGCCGUGGGAUGGCCUUCAUUUCGGUCGUUAUGCCAUCAGUACACCCAACUCCCAGGUGGUUGUGCCAAUUAUGGUUUAUGAUGAUGAAAACCUGUACUACACGUAUAAAAAUGGCGAGACAUCUGUGAUUUCAAGAUUCGUGGUGAACCAAACCGGGAUGAUCAAGCUGUAUUUAUGGAGCCAGGACCAAACCCGAUGGACUGAUAUUGCUACUAUACAAUCAGACACUUGUGACACCUACAAAUACUGUGGCAGCAACAGUCUUUGCAACAUAAAUGACCAGCCUUUGUGUCAAUGUCUGGAUGGAUUUGAGCCAAGAAAUCCCCAGGAAUGGGAAAGGUUUCAGUGGAGUGAAGGGUGUAGAAGAAAGGUGCCAUUGAAUUGCAGUGAACCGCAUGGAUUUAUGACAGUAUCCGGGAUGAAGCUGCCUGAAGGGUCACAAGUUUUGGGGGAGAAAACAAUGAGUGUAGCAGAUUGCAGAACUUAUUGUUUGAGGAAUUGUUCUUGUAUAGCCUAUGCCUCGACAGCAGCUAAUGGAUGUGUGGUGUGGUAUGGAGACUUGCUGGACAUGAGAACGUACUAUGACGAUGGACAGGAACUGUAUGUUCGGAGACUGGCUUCCGAUCUUGUUGGCUCCAGCAAAAAGGGACACAAAACAGCUGUGAUUGCAUCAGUAUCAGUAAUUUCAGGGCUGUUUCUUCUAGCCCUGAUCAGUUGGUAUGGCUUCCAUGUAAGGAGUAGUAGAAGAAGAGGAGCUGAGGAAUUUGAAGGUCAAAACCAGGACAACAAACCAGACAUUGGAGAGGAAGAUCUGGAACUACCAUUAUAUGAUUUCGACACAAUUUCUACUGCAACAAGUGACUUCUCAUUUGCAAAUAAGAUUGGCGAAGGCGGUUAUGGACCUGUUUAUAAGGGUGUUCUCCCAACAGGACAAGAAAUUGCAGUUAAGAGGCAAGCAAAAGACUCUGGGCAAGGGUUGGUUGAGUUCAAGAAUGAAGUUAUCUUGAUUGCAAAGCUGCAACAUCGAAAUCUUGUUAGGCUUCUGGGAUGUUGCAUUCACAGAGAUGAGAAACUGCUGGUUUAUGAGUACAUGCCAAACAAGAGUUUAGACUUGUUCAUUUUUGAUCAAACGAAACGCGGGAUGCUUGAUUGGAGAAAGCGUUUCAGCAUCAUUGAAGGAAUUGCCAGAGGGCUCUUAUAUCUCCACCGAGAUUCAAGAUUGAGAAUCAUACAUAGGGACUUAAAAGUGAGCAACAUUCUCCUUGACAACGAGAUGAAUCCUAAGAUCUCGGAUUUUGGUUUGGCAAGGACAUUUGGUGGUGGUGACCAACACCAAGAAAGUACAAAAAGAAUCAUGGGAACAUAUGGUUAUAUGUCGCCCGAGUAUGCAAUGAAUGGACUAUUUUCUGUCAAAUCUGAUGUCUUUAGCUUCGGUGUACUGGUUUUAGAGAUCAUCAGUGGUCAGAAAAACAGAACCUUUCAUCACCCUGACCAUGACCUCAGUCUUUUAGGACAUGCCUGGAAACUAUUUAAUGAAGGAAAGGCUAUGGAAGUUGUGGAUGUAUGUUUGGAGAGCCCAGAUCCAGCAGCACAAGUCUUGAAAUGUAUCCAUGUGGGGCUUUUAUGUGUCCAAGAACGCCCAGAAGACAGGCCAACAAUGUCCACCACUUUGUUCAUGCUAGAGAGUGAAAGUCCAGUUCUCCCCAACCCUAAACAACCUGGUUUUCACUCUGAAAGACAUGUAGCCGAGGCAUAUUAUUCUUCAUCAACUGGGAAGAUGUCUCACGUUUCAAACGAUGCAACAGUAACGUUAUUACAUGGUCGAUGAGCUUUACCUUUUAUCGGUAAACCAGUGAAGGCUGACCAUGCUAGAUUCAAAUCAAGAAGACCUAUAAAUACCUGGAACUUAGAAAUCUUGUGGUUACAAUUCUAUAAAGUUGAAAGUUUUGAAUUCAAA